AUGGAGCUACGGCUCUCUGACCUCAAGAAUUUGGAGGACCUAUUCUUGGCCGGUUGGAGCCCCUCGCUCACCUGGGUCUCAGGAGCCCGUUCUAAUGAACAUCGUUCUACUGAACAGCAUUCUAAUGAACAGCGUAAGCUAUUGAAUAUCGAUCACGUAGUGACGUCCCGAGCAGUGCAAGGGGCUAUUGUUAACGCCAACGAGAGAAUAAGAAAACGUGCCCGUCAGGUCGCACAUUCUCUUCACGACUUCAAAAAUUUAAUCGCUCCGGUGAGUUUCGGAAUAACUAACGGCGAAUGCAAGCCGCUCUCGUUUCUUACAUGUCAGAUCGUGUCAAAUGAGUUCUUUACAAUAGAGCUUAACUUCGGUAACAUAAAAUCGGAUCGUCAGGAUUAUGGUAGAGUACAGUAUUCUACUUUGGCACCGUCUAUACAGGGCACCGUCGAUACGGGGCGUCGUCGAUACGGGACGCCGUGUAGCCAAUAA